AUGAGUGUGAUUAAUCCGCAAUUUAAACCAUCUAGAUUUAGAUUAGAAAGUUUAGGACCUUAAUUGGCUUUUAAUCCAACCUAUAAUCCUGUAUGAAUUUAAUUUUAUGAUAGAGAUUUUGUUAUAUUGGAAGUGAAGACUAUUUAAAUGAUUUAUUAUAAUUAGAAUAACAGUAGUUGGAGGAACAAAUGAUUGCUUUGAUCACUCAAUAGUCUAUUGAUAUGGAAGAGAAAAGUCCAUAAGUAACAACUUUAGCAGAAAAGCAAUAAAAUAAUUAUAAGAAGAAAGUAUGAAUAAUUUAUAUCUCUUAAAUAGAAAGUCUUUGACAGUGCUGAUUAUUUUAUGUAACAACAAUAGAAGAAGGAUUUGACAAUAGAGUAAAAGUAAGAAGAGAUGUUGUUGACCAAAUAUGCAGCUUCAGAUUUGUAGUUUAAGACCCCCUUAACAAAGAAAUAAAAGAAGGUGUUUGACUCAGCAGACUACUUCCUUUCACUAUACAAAAAUUGA